CCCCCCUGUCGGUUGCGUCAAGAAUUAAUCCGGGGACGCGCAUGCGUGUUGCUCCCCCUGACAGCGCGCGCGCAGACAGGGGAGAGUUUGACUGGAUGCGGCCUCCGGUGCCGUUCGGUUGGCGAUGGCGGAGGACGGGGAGCUGUGCUGGUGUCUGAGGAGAGUCGGGGGGACCCAGGAGCGGCUUAUACUGCCUGAGGGGGAAGAGGUGACUGUGGGAAGAGGGAUCGGGGUCACCUACCAGCUGGUCUCUACGUCAUGCCCUCUAAUGAUUUCCCGGACGCACUGCAUCUUCCGGCAGAACGCACAGGGCCAGUGGACAGCCACCGAUAACAGUAGCUUGAAUGGAGUGUGGGUGAACAAUGAGAGACUGGAUGCAAGCAAACCUUACACACUGACCAAAGGAUCCUCUGUCCAGUUUGGCGUACCUCUUCCAAAUGCGGACACACCUGAGUUUGAGUAUGUACUGGUCCAGGAGAACAUGGGGAAAAUCCGACCAUUUCUGUUCGCAAAGAGCAAACCUCCGCGAAACAAGCGCAAACUUAACUGUGAAGAUUCCGAGACUCCUGGAACGGAGGUUGGUACCUCUAGUAUGUCCAGAGCCAAGCUCCCACGAAGAGAAGAACAGCUUGCAAAAUUGCCAAAGCCUGACCUGUCCAAACAGCCAACAGUACUUGCAGAGCAGCUGGAAUCGGACUUGGACAUCAUAGCGGCUACCCAGCAGCAGUGCAUGAACACUUUGCAGCUGUCCAGGAUGAGAGAGUCUAUAGCAGAUCUACGCAGCCUAAACGUUCGGGUCCAGAAAAAACACAAAGACAUGCGAAACAUGAAAGAUCCACAGCAGAGCCCAUCAGAGGAUACCCAUUGUCAGCUGAAAUGCAGGCAGGAGCUUAUCGAUCUCCAGAAUCAGAUGGUCAGCAAAAGAAAAGAACAUCUGCAGAGGGUCAACGAGGUGCAUAGGAUGCAAGAAGAGCAGCAGAGCAAAAACUCAUCCACCGAGUCCAAGGUCGCCGAAGAGGUCCAUCUGAAGGAGCAGCUCAGCCAACUACUGCAAGAGCAUUCCCUGCUCAUGGAAGAGCUGAAUCGCCACCAUUGGGAUUUUGAGCAGAUUAUUCAGGACAAGAACCGAGAACUGCAGGAGACAAAGAAGGAAAAGGAGAAGGUGGAGGCUCAGAAGGAGGAAGUUCUCAAUCACAUGAACGACGUCUUGGACAACGAACUGCAAUGCAUUAUCUGUUCUGAGAAUUUCAUAGAGGCUGUCACCCUCAGCUGUGCGCACAGCUUCUGUGCCUUCUGCAUCCAGUCAUGGCGGAAGCGCAAGGACGAGUGUCCCAUCUGCCGGCAGGAGAUAAAGUCCCAGACUCGAUCCCUCGUCCUGGACAACUGCAUCAACCGAAUGGUGGACAAACUGAGCCAGGAGAUGAAGGACCGGAGGGUGGCUCUGAUCCUAGAGCGUAAAGAUCUGGCGCAGUCCAUUCCAGUUCCAACCCCAACCCCAACCCCCGCACCCACAGAGAGUGACAGCAGCUCCUCCGAUCUCUCCUUCAUCUCCAUCCUUGACAGCAGCGACGACGGCGAUCUGGAAAGUGACGACUUCGGGGAUUCCUCAAUUGACAGCGAGCUGAGCCUGGACUCCGGGGACGACUAUGACGACUUGUUCUUCCACCAGUGAACGAUGCCGGUGGGCCCACGAGGUCGGUCUCUUCCCCCCCCCCCCCCCCCCCCCGGGGAGCUCAGACUCGCACAAUAGACAAUGCUUGCCGACCACAUGACUUUGUAUAUAGUGAGCGCAGCUGAAGGAGUUUCUUUUGUGGGGUUUUUUUUUUUUUUUUUUUUUUUGAACAGGUCUAUUUAUUUGCUUUGUAUAGUGUACAGCCGAGGACUCUCUCACACACGCUCUGUUUUGGGAACAAUACUUUGUGUUUUUGUUAUUUUUCUUUUGUCAGAAACCAUUAUACAUGUGGGGUGUUGUGUACAUUAAAGUGUAUGUUACCCCAAAACUGA